AACCAAAAGUAGAGUGUGUGUGUGAAAGGUCAGUCCCUUUUCGAGAGUGGGUUUGACACUUCCACGAUCGAUGCUGCUGCUGCUGCUGCGAUGCAUCAUCAUCCGUCCAUUACCCAACUUUCCCCAUCCGUCUCUUUCACUGAUUAAUUAAUGGCUGAAUCAUGAAGAAUGAAUCCCCGCCCCCCUACCCCAGAAGAAUCAUCAGCAACGAAAGAUGGAUGAAGCUUAAUUAACUUUGAGAGUAAUUUUGGAGAUGAUGGAAUGGAAUUGCCAUAGCCUACUCCUCCUCCGGCCAUGAAACUGAUCCAUUUGUUGCUUCUUUUGAUUCUUUUGUUUUUAAUUCAUGGCUGCGGCGGCGGCGGCUCUGAUAUUCUCGCCGGCUACAAGGUCUCGCUCGCGGUUCCAACGGAUUAUAUUGUGGGGUUCGGAGGGAGGGCUUUUAUCAUGGAGACCAACCAAAACCAAAUGGUUCCCAACUUUAGAGUUGCGCUGAGCGUCGAAUCUGUAGAGCAAAGAUACACGUGUUCCCUGGACGUGUUUCUCGGGGACGUCAGAGUGUGGAGCUCCGGCCAUUUUUCGCCAUUUUUCACGGCGGAGAUAUGCGAGCUUGAGCUUACUCAAAAUGGCGAUCUUCAGCUCAAGGGCCAGAAGGAAUUGGUUGGAUGGCGUAGCGGCACUGUUGGGCAAGGCGUCCAGAGACUAAAUUUACUACGAACGGGUAAUCUAGUUCUAGUAGACGCCUCCAACCUGAUAAAAUGGCAAAGUUUCAAUUUCCCAGCUAACAUAAUGCUUUGGGGCCAGAGAUUGAAUGUGGCAACUCGAUUAACUUCUUUCCCCACCACCAACAACAACGACAACAACUACUCAACCUCUUCAUCCUUUUCCUUUGAAAUCCAGGAGGACAAGCUUGCGCUUUACUUGAAUUCAGGUGGCUCCAAGUACGCCUACUGGGAAUUCAAGCCCUCUCUGAACCGAACCAUUACCUUCAUCAAAGUUGGCACCAAAGGCCUCGACAUAUUCGGCGACAAGUACACCAAGAUUGCCAGGAUUCCAUCUGGAACGCUCCAGCAGCCAUUGCGGUUUCUGGCGCUGGGAAACGAAACAGGCAAUCUGGGGCUCUAUUACUAUUCCAACAAGGGAAAAUUUGAGGCCUCCUAUCAAGCUCUAAGCUCAAAAUGCGACCUUCCUCUGGCGUGCAAGCCUUACGGCAUCUGCACCUUGUCCAAUGUGUGUUCCUGCAUCCGAUUCAUCACCAGAGACGGCAUGAACUCCGGCUGCAGCAAUGGAACUUCUGGCGGCGGGUUUUGCGGCAAGGCCCUGGUGGAGAUGGUGGAGCUACGGGGCGUUACAAGUGUGUUGAAGGGCGAUCUUGCCAAGGUUGGCAUUCACAAAGAAGAAUGCGCAGAUUUGUGCGUGGAAGACUGCGAUUGCUUAGCGGCGUUGUAUUCGUCAAGCUCGGAAGAGUGUUAUUUGUAUGGGCUGGUUCGAGGAGUCAAGCAGGUUUGGGAGGGGAAUGGAUGGAGUUAUAUGGUGAAGGUUCCGAAGGGAGGAGGUGGAGACGGUGGAAAGAGCUCUGGGCUGAGAAAAUGGGCGGUGGUGGCGGUGGGAGCUGCGGAUGGGCUGAUCAUUGUGCUGGUUUUGGGAGGGCUUGGCUUCUAUGUAGUUCACAAGAGAAGAAAGAUCUUGCAGAGUGGUGGCGGCCGCCACCUGAUCAUCAUGGCUUUCGUGGCCUCUUAUCAGGUCAUUAAUUCUUAUCCUUCACAGAGAGCUAUUCACAUCAAUAAUUUGUUUUUGACAGUGGAUGGAUUGUUUUCCUUGCAAAUGUAUAAUAUAUUAAUAUAUAAAAUUAAGUUUACACUAUUCUUCUGUAUCUCUAAUUAAUUAAUAUAAAUAUCAAGCAAG